UAUAAAAUAUUGAAACAGAAUUUUUCAAAAUAAUAAGAAUAAUCUCUCCGAAAAAAGUUUAACAAAGAAAAUACUUUUAAAUUCGAGAUUGUUGUUUUUACUGUUCAAAACAAAAAAUAAAAAGUUUUUGAAAUGGUUGUUGUCGAAGAAAAACACUUCAUUUGUGGAGUUGUAGAAGGUUUUUAUGGUCGCCCUUGGACAUGUUUGCAGCGCAAAGAUUUAUUUUCAAGAAUGCAUAGAUAUUCAAUGAACACGUACAUAUAUGCUCCCAAAGAUGAUAUUAAACAUCGCGCUUUAUGGAGACAGCUUUAUACAAAAGAAGAAGAGUCAAAAAUAGAAAAACUUGUAACAGCUGCAUCAUUUGAAGGUAUAACUUUUGUUUAUGCCAUCUCUCCUGGUCUAGAUAUAAUGUUUUCUAGUGAAGCUGAUGUCAAUGCUCUUAAGCGAAAAAUGAAACAGGUCAGCAGACUGGGUUGCAAAGCAUUUGCACUGCUCUUUGAUGAUAUCAAUCCAACAUUAAAGCCCUCUGAUGCUCUAAUUUACAAAUCAUCUGGUCAUGCUCAGGCAAUUCUUACGAAUGAAUUGUUUGAUUUUCUAAAACGUCCACAAUUUCUAUUUUGUCCUACUGAAUAUUGCAAAACUCGUGCUAUCCCUUCUGUAUCAAAGUCUGAGUACUUAAAUACGCUAGGCACCACAUUACAUAAAGAAAUUGAUAUUAUGUGGACAGGUGACAAAGUCAUUCCUGAGACCAUAACAAAAGAAUCUAUACAAGAACUUGGUCAUAUUUUGCAAAGAAAACCUGUUAUAUGGGAUAACAUACAUGCAAAUGAUUAUGAUCAACGUAGAGUUUUUUUGGGGGCUUAUUGUGGUAGAUCUAUUGAACUCUAUUCAUAUCUCAAUGGUAUUUUGACUAACCCAAAUUGUGAGUUUGAAGCCAAUUUUGUUCCAAUUCAUACACUUGGUACAUGGUGUCGUAUAGCAUCUAACUCUUUUAAUUCAAAUGAUGCAUUAUGUUUUGACGAUGUUCCAAUGGCCUAUCUUUCUGAUGAUGAAAAUCCCAAUAACAGCAAUGAAAUGACAGUUGACUUACUUCCUUCUCUCACUGUGGCUGAUGUUGCAUCAAUUGUGUUAGACUAUAAUGCAAAAGAUGCUCUUAAACUUGCACUCUGUGAUUGGAUUAAUGAAUUUAGUAGAAUUAAAAAAGCUCCAUUAAAGUCAUAUUCUAAAAGAAAUUUAAAAGCAACCUUAGUAAAUGGACAGACUGUACUGAGUGCCAUUGCAUUCGAUAUGGAUCAUCCUAAUAGAACAUCAGAAACUAUAGCUAGUAUGAUUGUGGAUAAAUCGAAAUCAAUGCAGCUUACUAUUGAUUGUAUUAGUCUUUUAGCAGAACUUUUUUAUCUACCUUACGAGCAUGGUGAAAAAGGAAAUUUAUUGCUGCAAGAUUUUAUCUGGCUUCUUAAAAAUGUAUGUGAUAUAUAUGAGCAGCCCCCUAGCAAAGAAAAGGUUUCUUGUUGGUUUGACAGAUUGUUGCACUGUGAUCAGCUUUGUAAUGAGAUUUAUAUACUUUUUGAAAAUUUUUGCAAAAUACCAAAUGAAGCUAUUUUAUAUGACUUGUAUCCUUAUCUUUGGGAUUUAAAAGAAGUAUUAUUAAGUCUGCAGACCUAUGUUAAAUGGUUAAGUGAUUCUAUUUCUUCUUCGAUUCCUUUAGUUUUUUUUGAGCCUUGCAGUGUUGAAUCUUUUAAUUUACUUAAUGUUCCUAUUUCAAAUGACUAUAUUGAGCCUUGGCACAUAAAUUACUUAGGAGGACUGACUGUGCAUUUGCAUCGUUUACUUCCUUUUAAAGGUGGUUAUAUAUUUUUGGACAAUGCUCCAGAUAUACCUUCAAGCAAUGUAAUAAAGUUGCGCACAUACUUACCAAAUGAUAAGGAGUCUUUGUACGAUUUAUGUUCUUCAUUGUCUGCAAAUAAGCUUUCUGUUACAGAAAAGACGUUUCAAAAAAAUGAUUUUGCUGGUGAUACAUUAGUUGGAUGCUAUAUUUCUAAAUUUUCUAAAACACUUUUUAUUGUUGAAGAUAAUGAUGGUGUAUGUGGUUUUAUAGCAUCUGUUCCCAACAAUAAAGUUUUUGUCGAACAUAUAGAAAGUUACUGGCUUUCUGAGAUAAAAGUUAAAUACCCUGAAAGUGAAUCAUAUUCAUACAAACUUCCAAACUCUCCAGAAUGGAGAAAUUCAUCUUCGUCACAUUUGACAUAUAUGUUUAAAAGUAAUGUUUACGACGAAUGUGUUGUCAAAAGACUAUUUAACAGUGUUCUUUGCGUGUUAAAGACAUGCGGUUCUACAACUACAUACUAUCAACUUUCUAAUGAUUCACAUCUAGAUAUGUAUAUGAAAAUGGGUUUUUACCCUGUUGAAAAUAUCUCAGAGAAAUUGAUUUUUAGAAUUUUAUAAUUUAUGUUUCCAUUAUUCUCAUGUAUAUUUUUCCCUAUUAAUAUUUGUAUAUACAUAAAUUUUUAUAUAGCUUGUUA